AUGAGCUUAAGCUCACGUGGGCUCAUCAUGAAGCAGGCUCAUAUGAGCCUUUUUCGACUCCACGAAGCGAUCCUCGGUAUUUUAUUCAGCUCGUGUGUAGUAUUCAUAUAUUUUGAAUCAUCUGACAGAACCAGUUUCAAUCUGAUAUGCCUCUCCAGAGCAAUCAAUAACAUUAUUGUGCUUCUCUUCAAUUUUUUGGUCCUUGAGUUCCCUAUACUUUUACUCUACAAAAAUAUUCUCCCAGCGAAAAUCGAAACUUUCAUAAUUUUCAUAACAGUCAAUUUAUAUAUGGUCAAUGAAUUCCAAACUGUACUCAUCGCAGCCAAUCGAUUCAUUGCCAUGUUUUUACCUCUGCUUUAUCAUCAACUUUGCACCGCCGACUGUGUCUUAUUCUGGGAUAGUUCCAUUCUAUCGACCGAAUUCAAUGAUCCGAUUUGUUGGGAAAAAUUUCCACCUGGGUUUGACGGAUUAUUAAUUAUUAUUGUUCCAUUGGUAUUUUUUGGAGUAACCAUUCUGUUGAACCUGAUGACGUUUGCGAAAAUUCUUAGAUUCUAUCUUGUAGAACCAGGUUUUCUCAUUAAUUCUGAAAUUAGUAAUUUUCAGAGUCAUAAUAUGGAUUCAGAAAGCAUGGUUUCAGUUAAGAACAAUAUAAAGUUAUUCGUCCAAACUGUUCUUCAGGAUUCAUUAUUUUUUGUAGACGUCCUGUUCACUUUCAAAUUGAGCUCUCUGAGCACUCAUCGAGCUUGGCUAUUCAUCAGUACCGUGUUUGUAUGGGAGACAAUUCACAUGUUGGAUGGACUGAUAAUGCUGAUGUUUUCGGAUAGAGUGUCUAUUUUGAAAGCUAAGCUUGGGAUUAAGAAAUCGAAUCGAGUGAGUGGAAGAAGUGGACAUUCGGAUUUCAAGCCGGCACACACAAUGCCAGAAAUUGCAUAA